UUGUGCAUGUAGCCCUCGCCGUUACAAGAUGACUGUGGAAACAUAUUUCUCUGUUAGAAGCAGGAUAAAUGUGUUGAUUUGAAGGAAAGACGGGCAGAUUCUGGGGUUUGUGCUCUAAAAUGAGUCUCUCUGGGGAGAGAGAGGAGGGGGGCCCAGCCUCUAAAAUGAGACUCUCUCGGGGGAGAGAGGAGGGGGGCCCAGCCUCUAAAAUGAGCCUCUCUCGGGGGAGAGAGGAGGGGGGCCCUGCCUCUACAAUGACUCUCUUUCUGGAACAUGACACCAGAGCUAAGAGACCAAUCAAGCAGGAGAGACCAGCCUCCCCUGUUCCCAGCUGUGUGUCCAUGAAGAGUGACUGGUCUAUGAGUCAACCUUUACAGUUUAGAGAGGGAGACUUUUCUACUGAACCAAGAAAUCAACAAAAGAGAUCAGAGUCAGAGAUUCUCAGUGGUCAGCCUUCCCAGAGUCAUCAAACAGACCUGGACUCCAUAUUCAGUUUGCUUGAAGAGAAUACUAUGACAUUCGUGAAGAACGAGAUUAAGAUGUUCAAGAGGAUUCUUAGUCCAGAACUCCCAGAAGGCUUUGAGAGUCAGAAACAGGAUAAGGAAGUGGUGGAUGCUGAAGAUGAGAAGCAGGAGAGCAGUGCCAGAGAGGGGGCUCUGAAGAUCACACUGCACAUCCUGAGGAAAAUGAACCAGAAGGAGCUUGCUGACACACUGGAGAAAUAUGAGCUCGCUGUGAUUUGCCAACGUGAACUCAAAUCUAAUCUAAAGAAGAAGUGUCAAUGUGUAUUUGAGGGGAUCGCUAAACAAGGAAACCCAACACUUCUCAAUAAGAUCUACACAGAGCUCUACAUCACAGAGGGUGGAACAGGAGAGGUCAAUAAGGAACAUGAGCUGAGACAGAUUGAGACAACAACCAGGAAACAAGCAAGACCAGAGACUGCAAUCAAAUGUAACGACAUCGUCAAACCCUUAACUGGACAAGACAAACCUAUCAGAACUGUGCUGACAAAGGGAGUCGCUGGCAUUGGAAAAACAGUCUCUGUGCAGAAGUUCAUUCUGGACUGGGCUGAAGGAAAAGCAAAUCAGGAUGUCCAAUUUGUAUUUUCAUUCCCUUUCCGGGAGCUGAAUUUGAUGAAAUUGGAAAACACUUUCAUUGAACUUCUCAAUCACUUCUCAAUGGAAACCAAAGAAUCAAGAAUCUCCAACUACAACAAGUACAAAGUUCUGUUCAUCUUUGAUGGUCUGGAUGAGUGCCGACUGCCCCUAGACUUCCAGAAGAACAAGAUCUGUUGUGACGUCACAGAGUCAACCUCAGUGGAUGUUCUGCUGACAAAUCUCAUCAAGGGAAAUCUGCUUCCCUCUGCUCUCCUCUGGAUAACUACCCGACCUGCAGCAGCCAAUAAGAUCCCUUCAGGGUAUGUUGACCAGGUGACAGAGGUACGAGGGUUCAAUGACCCACAGAAGGAGGAGUACUUCAAGAAGAGAUUCAGUGAUGAGGACCUGGCCAGCAGAAUCAUCUCACACAUAAAGACAUCAAGGAGCCUCCACAUCAUGUGCCACAUUCCAGUCUUCUGUUGGAUUUCUGCAAUAGUCCUUGAACACAUGUUGAAACAUAAGAGAGAAGAGAUGCCCAAGACUCUGACUGAGAUGUACACACACCUUGUGGUGUUUCAUACCAAACAGAAGAAUGAAAAGUAUCUUGGGAAAGAAGAGACAGGUCCACACUGGAAUAAACAGAGCAUUCUGUCACUGGGAAAACUGGCUUUUCAACAGCUUGUGAAUGGCAAUCUGAUUUUCUAUGAAGGAGACCUGAAGGAGGCUGGCAUUGAUGUCAAUGAAGCCUCAGUGUACUCGGGAUUGUGCACACAGUUCUUUAAAGAGGAAUGUGGGCUGUACCAGGACAAGGUGUACUGCUUUGUUCAUCUGAGCAUUCAGGAGUUUCUGGCUGCUGUAUAUGUGUUCCUCUCAUUCAUCAACAACAAUGAGAAUCUAAUGGACAAACUGCAAUCAACGUCCAGGAACUUUUCUGCUCUGUUCAGAGACAAGCCUAAAAUUACUGUCUACAAGAGUGCUGUGGAUAAAGCCUUACAAAGUGAGACAGGAAACCUGGACCUUUUCCUCCGCUUCCUUCUGGGCCUCUCACUGGAGUCCAAUCAGAAGCACUUACAAGGUCUACUGACAAAGACAAGAAGCAGCUCACAGAGCCAUGAAAAAACAGUCAAGUACAUCAAGGAGAAGAUCAGGGAGAAUCCCUCUCCAGAGAGGUGCAUCAAUCUUUUCCAUUGUCUGAAUGAACUGAAUGACCAUUCUCUAGUGGAGGAGAUCCAAAGCUACCUGAGCUCAGGAAGUCUCUCAAAACCCAACCUGUCACCUGCACAGUGGUCAGCUCUGGUCUUUCUGUUGCUGACUUCAGAAAAGGAGCUGGAUGUGUUUGACCUGAAGAAAUACUCCAGAUCAGAGGAAGGUCUUCUGAGGCUGCUGCCAGUGGUCAAAGCCUCCAGAGCUGCUCUGCUGUCAGACUGUGGAGUCACAGAGGAAGGCUGUGCUUCUCUGGUCUCAGCUCUGAGGUCAAACCCCUCACACCUGAGAGAGCUGGACCUGAGUAACAAUGACCUGAAGGAUUCAGGAGUGAAGCUGCUCUCUGAUGGACUGGGGAAUCCCCACUGUAAACUGGAGACUCUGAGGCUGUCAGGGUGUCUAGUCACAGAGGAAGGCUGUGCUUCUCUGGUCUCAGCUCUGAGGUCAAACCCCUCACACCUGAGAGAGCUGGAUCUGAGUAACAAUGACCUGAAGGAUUCAGGAGUGAAGCUGCUCUCUGCUGGACUGGGGAAUCCCCACUGUAAACUGGACACUCUGAGGCUGUCGGGCUGUCUAGUCACAGAGGAAGGCUGUGCUUCUCUGGUCUCAGCUCUGAGGUCAAACCCCUCACACCUGAGAGAGCUGGACCUGAGCUACAAUCACCCAGGAGACUCAGGAGUCAGACUGCUCUCUGCUGGACUGGAGGAUCCACACUGCAGACUGGAGAAACUCAAUGUGGGACAUGGUGGAGAGAACAGAAUGAAACCUGGGCUUAGAAAAUAUGUCUGUGAUCUCACACUGGACCCAAACACAGUGAACAAACUCCUCUCUCUGUCUGAGGAGAACAGAAAGGUGACAUGGAGGAGAGAGAAGCUGCCGUAUCCUGAUCACCCAGAGAGAUUUGAGGUCUGUAGACAGGUGCUGUGUAGAGAGGGUCUGACUGGCCGCUGUUACUGGGAGGUAGAGUGGAGUGGGGAAGAGGCUGGUAUAGGAGUGACAUAUAAAGGAAUAAACAGGAGAGGAGGGGCUAAAGACUGUGUGAUUGGGCACAAUGACAAGUCCUGGAGUCUGAUCUGCUAUGACAACAGUUACAUUGCCUGUCACAAUAAUAAUCUCACUCCCAUAGACGUCCACCCCGCCAGCUCCCACAGAGUAGGAGUGUAUCUGGACUGGCCAGCCGGCACUCUGUCCUUCUAUAGAGCCUCCUCUGACACACUGACCCACCUGAUCACAUUCACCUCCACAUUCACUGAGCCCCUCUAUCCAGGGUUUUGGGUGUGGUGGGAUGGCGACUCAGUGUCUAUUUGUCAGUGAUACACACAUACACACACACAGACUCAGAGACACACACACACACACACAUUGGAUGCAGACUCUGACACACACACUGGACGCAUAGACAUUGUCAUGACGUUGGCCUCUUUGAGUAUAGCAACCCCAUCCCCCUCUCCCUGCCUCCCCUUGCCUCCUUCAACUAGGCUGCUGUGGUCAGAGGUCGUAAAUUCCUGAGAAGACCUCAUGUACACACAGUUAUAGAGAGUAGUUUUUCAUGGAGACAAAGGAAAUCCUUCUACCUCACAGAACUUGAGGUACGAACAAAUUUCAUGUUCCGGAGAAAGUAUAAAAGAUCGGUGAAGAAUCCAGCUACGAACUGGUCCGUUUGUCACAACUUGGGGUAUUCAAACGUGUGUAGAUCAGUCAAUUCUUAAGUUAAAGACUUAAAGCUCAGGAUUCUGUAAGUGGCUAUCUCAAUCAAGACAUUUACUUAUAGCUUCCUGUGCCAACCGGAAGUGCCUUUAAUUGGGUCACACUGUCUGUUUUGAAGGGUUAAAAAAGUCACAUAUUUUUAAAACUUCAUAUGUGUGACUAGGUAACCCUCCUGAACUGUAAAUCAGUCAUUUCUCCCAACAGAUGUCAAAGAAAAGCUCUCACACACACACACACAGCAAGGAUGGAGUGAAAAAGUGCGGUGCUUAAAGACACAGAGAGCAGGCAAUGUCAUUACCAUAAUCUCUAGGCCGUGCCGAGUUCAACGAGAUAUCCCGCUUGACCGUAGCUCGCUCGGUCUAAGCGCAGCGACCAUUAGAAUAGUAGGCCCAAAAUGAAGCCUGCCCCACAACGUCAUUUGCUUUUGGGUGACAGUGAGAGAACCGUUAGGGUGAGAAGCACAAUUCGUCCUCAGGUACGUUCCUAAGGUCCUCCCGAUCCGUGCAACCCUAACCAUGAACGUGUGGCAUUAACCCUUAAUAGUUAAAAGAAGGUGUUUACAUCCAACAUUUUGCAUUGACUUCUCUCCCCAUAGGAAUACAUUGCCUGCACUCCUAAAUUCAACCUGAAGCCUAUAUGGGUUAUGAAUGCCGUAUUAACCUGUCUUCGGUACCAGUCCAUCAGGCCACUAUGAGGUCUACCUGUGUUGAUUCUAAGCUUCCUGGACCAACCGGUAGUGGUUAAAAUCACCCUAAAAGUGUAUAUCCAUACCCUGCCUGCAGUUUGAUAGAAAUAGUGCAUUCAACCCUGUGUAAAUCAGUCAGUUUUUAUGGUAAAGACUUAAAACUCAGGAUUCUGUAAAAGAAUACCCCAAUGAGGAUAUGUGUUGACGUAUAGCUUCCUGUGCCAACCGGAAGUGCCAUAAUUGGUGUCUCAGGGGCUGUUUCGAAGGGUUAACAAAGUCAGAUCUUUCCAAAACUUCAUAUGUGUGAUUAGGCAACCCCUCUGAAAUGUAAAUCCAUCAUUUUUCCCAUACAAUUUCAAAGGAAAACUAAAUCACACACACACAGCUUGGAAGGAGGGACACAUUGGGGUGCGUAGAGACAUACACUGCCUGCAUUAGUUAACCUUGUUGGAACUUUUAAAGAACCGUCAGACCUAGAGUUCCGGAACUUUAGAAUCCUGUUCUAGACCUCAGGUCGAUAGUGCGUGGUGAGUUACGUGGCUCUAGAAGGUUCUCGGACCGAGAAACAGACUCGUACAUUUGCAAUGACUUCAAUUCAUUUUUGCAUCACGAAAAUGACGACAUUUAGAAAUGUCCCAGAGUCGCAAGACUAGGUGCAUUGCGACCGUCUCGGCCCAUAUAGACGGACCCCAACGUUUGUCCGAUAGCUCAUUCAAGGACCCCAUAGCAAGUUAUGGAAAAAAGUGGAUUUUCAGCACCAAUUAGGGUCUUGCUCAAAUGACCUAUCAAGCCGAAACUUAGGAUUCGGGGUCGCCUCAGCUAGGCCUACACAUAACAUCAGAAACGUAACUAUGUGUUUUACGUUUUUUUUAUGGUUUGAACCGAAGGCGUUGUGAAUUUUGGGCCAGCUCUGAAGUAUGUGAUAGUUGGCUACUAAACGAGUUGGAAAAAGUGGGUUUGGUGUCAGUUUGUAUCAGUUUGGUGUCAGAAUGAUAUCUAAUUGACUGAUGGACGGUGACUUGCUGGUGACUCUUGUCCAUUUGCAAUAUGUUUAAACAGUGAGGUACCAUCACCAAAGUGACAUUCUGAAAUCAACCCUAACGAGCGAUUGAGAUGAACCAGAAUCACUGCCCAGCCAUCCCGAGUUCAUCGGGCCAGUCAAUUUCACAUUCCUGCAGGAUUUUUAUAGCAUGACAAAUUCGUGAUGGUAAAUGCCCAUUGAACCAUAUUGCAAAUGCACAGUGACUUUGCAAAAGUGAGAAAACAUAAACAAAUGGACAUGAUGAAAUCAACACGAGUGAUGGAAAGGAACAACUAUCACUGCCCGGCCAUCCCGAAUUCAUCGGGCCAGUCAAUUUUGCAUUUCUGCAGGAUUUUUGAGCAUGCCAAAUUCGUGAUGGUAAAUGCCCAUUGAAACAUAUUGCAAAUGCACGUGCAUUUGCAAUAUGAUUCUAUAGUGAAAACAACAUCACCAAAUGGACAUGAUGAAAUCAACACAACGAGUGAUGGAAAGGAACAACUAUCAAUGCCCGGCCAUUCCGAGUUCAUCAGGCCAGUCAAUUUUGCCUGACUGCAGGAUUUUUGAGCAUGUCAAAUUUCUUAUGCAUUUUGGCCCCCAGAAAAGUGACUUUUGACUUCCUAUGAAAUCAUAUUGCAAAUGGACAAAUCAUAUUCCUUAUGCACAAGUUUUAAAAAAUUAUGAUAACAACAUUUUACAAAAGUAUUUUCAUACAGCUCUUACACAUGAUUAAUUGACAUAAAAUCGAAACAAUUUUGAAAAACGGUCCAGAAAGCACUUUUUUACGAGCGUGAUAAGUUUUUUUUUUAAAGUUCACAUUUUCGACUUCCUAUGAAAUCAUAAUGCAAAUGGACAAAACAUAUGCCUUAUGCACAAGUAAAAAAAAACACAAAAAAAACAUGAUAAUAAAAUACGACUAAAGUAUGUUGAUACAGUUCUUAUACGUGUGUAAUCGACACAAAAUUCGAAAGAAUU